AAUAGUCACCUUUCCUGCAUUCGCUAAACUGUUGCCUGUAAAGGAGGAAAGAGGAACUUAACCAAUUCGGGCUGUUUCUAUUCAAAUGUUCCAAGAGGGCAUCUACACAUCUGGAGACUUCUCAGUGCUCUUUGAAGCUUAGAAGAAACGCACAUCAGAAACUGCACUCUGAAACCAUAUACCAGAGGUGCUCCUGAACAAGUUGUCUGCUGGUCUGAGCUUCAAGGGGGAUAUGUAAAAGGCCAACUGCAUUCAUUCAUUCUGUGACCCAGGAAAGGAAAAUUAACCUGUGAAGAAUCCUAACAGUUGGAUUCUCUGAGCCCUGGCCUGUUGUCAGCAUACCUGAGACCCUGUGCAGCUGAGAAUCAACAGCUCUGACAAGCCUUGCCCUGCAGGAUACAGUGAGGAAGUCAACAAGGGUGUAGAGGUUCAUGCCCUAUACUCUGACAUCCUUCAACCCGGGCAUCUGUGCAGGAACAUUGUAAUCUCCAACCUUAGGGAAGAUUCACAAAGUCAGGCAAGAGGGCUGAAAACUUGGAUAUGCUGAGCCAGAGAUAGACAAAACCUUUACCAAAUCACCUCACAGGGGAACCCAAUUAAAGCUACAUCGUUAGUCUGAGGAUCUAGAUGAACUGUGGAUAAAAAGGAGCCUUUUCUCCUUCUAGUAAAAACAAAACAAAACAAAAGAGAGCCUCAACAAUCUAAUAUAAUACAUUAAGAGAUUCUUGUCUCCAUGCCAGUAUUAUAAAGUUGUUUCACCAUAUUUAUUUUCACCAGUGUAAGACUAAGAGUGUGAAAACUAUUUAUUUGUUGUCUAUACUGACUAAGAAGCUCUGGUAGGCCUAUUUGUAAGGGGUCUGCUUACUAGAGCACAGGGAAGUCUAACAACUGGUAAAGUAGAAGACUACUCACUGCCUUCUUGCUUAUGCGCUACUGAUUUUGGUCUGUUUCACACUGUUGAAACACCACCAAAACAUUCACAGACAGGCCAGGUGACUGUGGAAUGCCUCAGGGGCAAUAGAAAUUAAAUAGGAGCAAAUAUCAACUCAAGUCUUGAGUGAUGACGGAGGCGCAUUUUAAGUAUCAUGGAAAUCUCACGGGGCGGGCUCAUUUCCCCACUCUGGCAACAGACGUUGACACCACUUCAGACAAGUAUUCCAACCUGUACAUGUAUGUAGGAUUGUUUCUGAGCCUCCUGGCCAUUCUUCUCAUCCUGCUCUUCACAAUGCUUCUUCGGCUCAAGCAUGUCAUCUCGCCCAUCACCGAGAGCACAGAGAAUGUUCCUCAGUUCACGGACGUAGAAAUGCAAAGCCGAAUUCCCACUCCUUAAAGUCGGAACGCUGGCGAGACUUCCUUGGAUGUGAGCAAAGCAUGGAGGGGCUGAUGUACAGGAAGGCUUUCUUUUUCUUGUGAGGCUUCGCAUGUAGCAAGCUGCUCGUGUUUUUUGUUCGUCAUUCUUCAUCUUGACUGUGCUUGUGGGACAUCUAAGAGGCUUAAGAGUCAUUCUUUUAAAGGAAUACGGCAAAUAGGAGCUGGUUGAGCUGGUAGGUUUCCAUAGUAACCAGAGAGCUCCUGAGCCCUGAACAAACCGCAGACCACAGAAAUUCAUAUGCAGCAGUUGUUAAAAUGCAAGAUCCUUGGAAGCUGCAAACAAGAAUUUCCCUUAGGAUGUUCCGAGGACCCUCAAGAAAAUGACAGGCUUUAAUUUAUUACUUUAACUCUAAAGAAUUAUUUCAUGCAUAACACAGACAUCUCUUGACAUGGAGCUAAAUCGUGUCACAGGUGAAUGGAAGGGAUUCUUAAUCUUUCCUCAAAAGAACAAUGCUUUAAUUAUCAUAGGCCUUCAGAUUUCUCCCAAAUUAAAGAAGAGAUUUAAAGAGCCUGCUCCUACUUAAGGAGAAAUUUUGCAGAAAGUUUCCAGUGAAUGAGAAAAAUGUGCAUAUUAUAUCUAUGUUAUUACUAUUACUGGACUUUUAAAAACGCAGAUAACGGCAGAUGUAUUACUACAAUCUGGGACAAUGAGCUCCUUCCAAAUCAAGGAAAAAAUAAGUCAAACUUUUCUCAUAAGGAUUUUUGCAUUAUACAUGCAGCUUCUUUGUCUUUUUCUCCCUCCUUACCCCAAAGCAGAAUUGAGUUGCACAUAAGUAUGAACUUGAUUUGAAGGUUGACUUGGCAACGAAGACACAAGUGUCUAUUUUAAAGCAGAAUGAAAUGAUGUUGGGAUUCUGUUACUGAGUGACUGUGACUUUGACCAAAGCAUGCCAGCUUUCUAGGUCUCGAAUUUUUCUCGUUGAAAACUAUUCAGAAAGCUAUUUCAUUAUCACUUUUUAGAUAUGAGUAUAAGACACACACAGACUGAAGGAGAUAAAACUAAAAGUUACACUGCAACAAGUUGUUAUUAAGAUCAAUGUCCUCAAAUGUCACAUUUGUCUUUCCCAGAAAAUGCUCCUUCCUUCCUGAUCCCUGCCAAAAGCUGAAGUGUUUCACUUAUUAUCUAUAAGAAAAGUAUAUUUUGAAAAUUUCCAUUCUAAUGAGUAGCUCUAGUGUGCCAGUGAUGGAUAAUUCAAUUAAAGAAAACUUUACUUUUCAAAGUGAAGCCAAAGGAGACAAGUGACGUUUACAAAUUCAAAGUUGCAAAAUUGGUUAUAUUCUUACCGCCAAAGAAAUGGGAUGCCUGUCUUAGAUUUUUACCUGCUUAUAAAAAAAAUCAGUUGCCCCUUGUAAUUAAAGCAUUGUCAUUAAAUUUCAGGGGAUGCCCCAAGGGGACUGAGGUGAUUGUGCAAAAAUGGAAUGGAUGUGAAAUUCAUGGCACCCGUGCCAGGCCUAUGUCUCUCUAUAGUCUGUAAGCAAUUUAGAUUGGCCCUUUUACUGUGAUCUAAAUCUAGUAUGGUGGUGAAACUCCCAAGUGCUUUCUACUUUUAUACACAGUCAUUUGCCAAUGCUCCCCUCUCCAAGGGGCUGCACAGCAUGAAAUCCCCACACGCAGAGCUAAAUUUAGCAGCAAUGCUGACUGUCACACCUGUUACAACUGUGCAUUAUCAGGGGUAGCAGCUGCAUUCUGCACCAUUCAGAAGAAAUUAGCAGGUAGCCUAAGAUGUAGUUAGAACUUUGGGCUUUAUCUUUUCCGAAAUGCAAAGGCACUCCUUACAGGAAUACCUACUGGUGAUUUAAGUUGUGUUUAUAUUCAAUACUCGGACUCCAUGGACUUUCGAAAUGUUUUACUUUUAACCAUACAUAGGCUACCCCAAGGAGGGCAAUAGACCCAAGAACUUAAAGACGCAGGUAUCCCAUUAUUUCAGGUUCUCUUUUUGCUGCCCACAGUAUUUGAAUGCACUUUACCAUAGAGAAAUCAGUGGCUGGAUAAAUAUCAGAAAUAGUUACAAUUUCCACAGUAGUAAACAGGAAGCUCCUCAAUGCCUUGCUGCUGAAGCUGAUGGAGACGCAGCCUCCCAGUUACCUAACCACCACAACCCAAAUUGCAGAAUAUUAAAGCUGCUUUGGAAGUACUACCUUGGGUGAUGAGUCCUAAUUUAUAAUCAGGUUACUCACCAGGAAAACAACCACCCUCUUUCAUCACAAAAACCCCUGUGGGAUCCAGAUCUUAACUGAGCAUGAAUCAAGGCACACAGCAGAGAUUACACCAAAAUAGCAACAUAAUCCACCACAGCUUCCAGUGGUUUAACAUAAAUGGAAAUGCAUUUAAGCAGGUGUCAUUUUGGUAACUCACAUGGUGUUUAAUCUUUAAGAAAAUAAACUGAAUGUUUUCACGAUAGCGAGGAAAAAUUCAAAUGUAUUAUAUCCUUGAAUGUAUUAAUUAGUAUGCUACAGCUUUAAAAGUCAGCUAUAAGAACCCAUGGGCAUAGUUUGAAUUUAUUUUUCUGUGCAAAAUACAGACUCGAUGAUUCCCUGCCCCAUCCCAUUCUCCCUCAAAUUGCAUGUGAACUGGGAUAUAAACAGGUAGGUCAUUUACAUGUAUGUGUACUUUAUUUUAAGAAAAGUUUAAUUUUAUUGGAUCAUAUGUAUAUAAAAAUGCUCAUCAUGAAUGAAUCAACAAUUCAUUGCAAUGUAACAUAUACAAAGACCACAUGAAUUCUCCAAAUAGUAUACAUUAAUAUGGUAACUACUAAUGAUGUAUAAUUGCAUAUAUUUAAGAAUUACUCGUCAUAUGAAACAAGGCAUAUUGUAAAGGGUUAUGCACCAUGUACUGGGUAACAACUGUUAAUGUUAAACAAGGAAAGAUUAAUGUAUCCAACCAAACAUUUCUAUGCAUGCAAAAUGAAAAAUUUUGGACUUCAAAAGCUAAUUUUGAUUGUGUAGAUAUCAUCAUACUUACUAAGUAGGUGUAAGGGGUCCAUUUAGUGCAUUUAACUAGUUAUAUUAAGUAAGACAUUUUAUUCACCUGUGUUUGAACAAAAUAGCUUUGGUUUUUACAAAAAUGAAGACUUGUGUGAGAAAAUCAAGAAUUCUUUGGUUUUAACUCAGUUAUAUUUGAAUUAGAUUCAUAGGGUAUUCAAAUGGAAUCAUAUUUAUAUUAAUAUUCAGCAUGUCACUUUGAUCCUGGAUAAUAAGCGCUGACUGCUUUUGUUUGCUGAUAACAAAUGGCUGUUGUCCGAAGAUGUAAAUUGCACGGCAUUAGCUUCU